AUGGCAGGCAUGGUAGCAGCAGUGCAACCACAGACUGAAGGGUCGAGCGCCUCCAUGCACCCACACACGGUUGCGCAACAUCAAUGCGCAAGACAAAAGACAGCUGAGCAGGUGAUGCCGGACACUGGCCGGAUACAUCAAACCUCGACGCAGGCAGCAAGCGGCCAGCAGCAGCAGCGCAGUCGGAGCAGCUCGCGUGCAACCGAAGCAGAUCAGCAGCAGGCAGUGGCUUCGCGGAAAACAGGGCUCCAUUUACAGCAGGCGACCACACGACGACCAGACAGUCGGCAGCCAACAGCACAGAGGCGCGAGCGACGUUACCAAAACGGCCACAGCCAUUUGGAUCGGCAGCAGCCUAAUACCAGUCACCGGGUUACAGCGCAGUUAGGUGCGAAGAUAGACCCGCGGAUGCUCGGUGGCAGCGAGAUGGACUCGGCCAGCGCCCAUUAUGCGGGCCAGAUGCGGCGGUCUAUGCAGCGCCUAGUGUCGUCCACAACGCAAUUCGACCGCAUGACCAACGGGUCGUUGGCACUGCUGUCUGAUAUAGCGCGCAUGUACGUUCUGCGCAUUGGCGAAGCGUGCAAGGCACGGGCUGAUCUGGCCGGACGGACACAGCCGAAUCUGCUGGAUAUGGCCGAUGCGACAGCUCAGGAUCUUGGCGUGGACUGGAUCCAGGUUCCAGGAGUGGGCAGGAAACCUGGAAGGACAAUGUUGGCACAGCCAUCGAGACACCGCCUGAGACACGGCAAAUACGCGGAGACAGGCGACGAGGCAUUCCAGAGGGAGGUUCAGUCGAGGCGUGGCUCGUGGGACUUUGUGUCUGGAUCGGAAGGCAACGAUACGUGCACAGCCAAUUCGCGGCGAGUGUCAACGGGCGACAUUGUGGGCAGCCUCCACCACAACACUGAUGGCGACCCAGCAGUUAACGGUCUACAGGACGACGACAUCGACAUGCUACUAGAGGGGUUCAGCCUGGAGUGCCUGCUCCUCGACGGCGGCCCUAACCAUGACUUUGACGGUAUCAUUCCCGAACACCUGCCAGCAUUGGUGCCAAUCUCAGAGGAGGACGCAGAGGAAGAGGUGGCUGAUGAUGGCGUGGCAGCGGUGUCAUCACUUCGUGGCGAUCUCGAUGAGCUGCCUGUGGAGUCCGAUGCGACAGCAGUAGAGGCAUUGCUGGAGAGCGCUGGUGCAGAAAAGAACAGAGCAGGGUCGUGGGAAGGCGAGCGGGCAAACGGGGCUACUGACCACUCGGAUGGCGGGGACAGCGACGGCGACGAGCCCGAGGACAUUGCAUCGUCACUGCUGCAUCUCACCACGUCGUCGCUGUCAGUGCUGCAGUCGUCGAUUUCUAAUGACAAGGCGCUCUACGGGUUCUUCAAGCCAGCAACCAAGGUCGAUCCGUCAAGUGCACCUGAGGAGCUGCUUCUGGACUUUGAUAUUCCUGAAGAUGAGCUUCAGUUUGAGGCAAAGGCCGACGAGGGUGCGGCCUCUGAUGGCACCAAUGGCAAGCCGCUGUUUAUCCACGGCAACGGUACCACGCAUGAUUUGCUAGGCGCGUCUGAAAAGAAGUGGAACAAGGCGCGGUACAAGCUGUUCCCGGAUAUAUACAAUGAGACAGCAGCUCGAGUGAUGGACGAGAUGGCAGAUGCACCUCUCCCUAUGCGGCGACGCAAUGAGAGCGGCGUAGAUGGCCAGGUAGCUGGCCCACAGGCGGCGAAUGGGUCUAAGCAGGAGGCGCUGGCUGUCGACCAUGACCACGACACUGGCUCGGUGCUGGAUAUGGAGAUUGAUAUGGAUAUGGAGAUUGACAUCCUCGAGGGCACACCGGAUCUCAAAGGCACGUCGCAAAACUCUAUGUCGUUUGAUGGCAUGGACCUGGGCAACGAGCAGACGAUUGAUAUGCCGGGGAUACUGGAGUCAGCCAAGGACGACGAGAAUGGGCCAGGUGCAGCGCUGGAGCCUAUCGACGUCCCGCUCACCAGCGGACUGCGUGGGUCUGGCGCAAAGCAUUGGGCGAGCGAGUGGUUCACAGCAGCGAUGGCCAGCCGGCUGAGCAAGAUGACGGCAAACGACGUGGUGCCGUACGAUUCGCUGUUCAUCUCUGAUCCGCUGGCGAGUCGGCAGCGGGUGGUGGAUGAGCUGGCCAGGGCGUUUGUAGACAGCGAGGGCGGCGGGCAUCUGCACGAAACAACGCCGCUAGAUGGGUUCGGGACCAACGCGAACGGACAGAUCAUGCCAAACAGCUCGGGCUCGGUACUGCGCUGGACGCUGCACCAUCUGAUGCAGUCCAAGGGCACCAGCUCGGUUGACAGCCUGUAUAAGGGCCGGUCGUCGCUUGCGGGCGGAGUGUCCGGCGACGGUGUGCGGCAGUACAUCACGCGGCUGUCGUCGCUGAUCAAGGCGUCGGCGGAGGAGGAGGCCGAGCUUGCAGUCAACGGGGUGCUGGAGGCGGCGGCGACGGCGGCGGCAGCGGCGGCGGCAACGGGGCCUGGUGGCAGCGGGCCGGAGCAUGUGGCCAAGAUGACGCGGACGCAGGCCAAUCUGGCAGAGCAGCUGGUCGGCGGGGCGGAGAAGCGGAUUCCAUGGACGCAGCACCGUCUUGACAUCCACAAGAUCGAGUCGCUGGUUGCUGGCAGGGAGCCGCGGCCAGCGCCCAGGCCCCAUCUGUCGAUGGCACCACUGCCGGUGCAUUCGGAGGCGCGGCUGCCUCAGCAUGCACUGCCGUCUUACAGUGAGGCGCCUCUGUCGCCGCGGCUGCAAGCCGACAGCGGUCUGGACCAUGAUCCACAGGAGGGCGCGGUGGCCGCUACGGAUCCUCCCAUGGCCAGCCAGCCUGAAGUGAAGGUGGAGGAUGGCGAUUACCAUCAGGCGGUUGCACAUGAGACUACUACGAGCGGUGGCGAGGUGGUCGAGCACCACCCGUUCUACGGGAUGUAA